CAAGGCUUGAAGUUCCUCUUUCGCUGUAAGGUGCUCGGAGAGUGUGGGGAUCUCAGAUAUUGGAAGCGCUUGUCAGAUAUGGGCGGAGGCGAUCACCAUGGGCACGGCCAUGGCGAGCCGCACGGUGCUGAGGACUUUAGGUUGAAGGUGUGGAGCAUGACCGGCGGACCUAAUUGCCGUCCCAAGUACUGGAGAAGGAACACUGCCAUCGCUAUGUUUGGGAUCUUCCUUGUCUGUAUUCCCAUCGCAAUGAAGUCCGCCGAGCUCGAGCAACGUCCCCAUCAUCCAGUUCGUCCUAUUCCAUCACAGCUCUGGUGCAAGAACUUUGGCACGAAAGAUUACUGAUGCAAUUUGAGGUUUAUAAAAUCUUAAGAAUUGAUCACUUCUGCAAGUCUAAAAGUGGAUAAUGUGUUUCUGCUUUUUUAUAAGUGAAAUAAGGAUCGGAACUUUGAACCUUUUCAUUUUCUGAGAUGUCAGAGCUUUGUUUAAAUAGAAUUGUUUGUAUAAAAUACUUUCUUGUGCUUUGCUAUCUGGCUAUCUGCUAUGGUUUCGUGUGAAUUAGUGAUAUUAUAUUGCUUCAUUUUUAAAAUGAAAAUAUUUAA